UUAUUCCAAGACCAGCAACUUCAAUUCCAGCAGAGAAGAAAUAUCAACAUUUACGUUAACGUUGUGUAUCCGUUCAUUUAGGGGUUAACUAGCCACAAACCAAGGACAACAAAUAAUUCUGGUUGGACACCAUGGCCUAGUGUCUGGAAACGCAGCAGUCUCCCUUCAGGUGCUCUUCUCCCCUCACAGAAACCGCGUUGACAAGGUCGCAGAUCGUCUGAUCGCCGGGGAGACCCCUGACUCCCUCCCCGAGGAGACAUGGAGCCCCAGGGGCUGCUGGGAGCAGAGGCGGAGGCUGCCAUGCAGGGUCUGCUGGUGCCCAGCCCCCAGAGCGAGGCCGUCACCCACGAGCUGGAGGAGCUCUCUCUGCAGCCCAGCCAGAACCUUCCGCCGCUCAACGAGCGCAAGAACGUGCUCCAGCUCCGACUGCAGCAGAGACGCACCCGGGAGCAGCUGGUGGACCAGGGCAUCAUGCCUCCUCUGAAGAGCCCUGCGGCCUUCCACGAGCAGAUACGCAGCCUGGAGAGAGCGCGGACAGAGAAUUUCCUGAAGCACAAGAUCCGCAGCCGUCCGGAGCGCUCGGAGCUGGUCCGCAUGCACAUCCUGCAAGAGACCCUGGCGGAGCCCUCUCUCCAGGCCACGCAGCUCAAGCUGAAGAGGGCGCGCCUGGCCGAUGACCUCAACGAGAAGAUCGCCCAGCGGCCGGGACCCAUGGAGCUGGUGGAGAAGAACAUCCUGCCCGUGGACUCCAGUGUGAAGGAGGCCAUCAUUGAUCCCGCAGAGGGUCAGGUGAACUUCCCCCAGGCACUGGACGUGUACACGUUCGACGAGGACAGCAGCGAUGCCUUCUCCCCUGAGCAGCCGGCCAGCCAGGAAUCCCAAAACUCAGUUGCGUCCCCUGGAGAGGUCAAAGUGGCAGAGGCCUCCUCCCCACUGCCCAACUCCACCCUGCAGUACUACCCUCUGAUCUCCCCACCCACACAAGAGUUCCUCAAGCCUGUGUCCACCAAUGAGCAGCCCAUUAGUCGCCAGCCGGUCCCCUCUCUGCCAAUCACCACCACUGCACCUACAAAGCCCGGGCCAACCCUCGUGAAGCAGAGCCAGCCCAAGCAGCCCGGCGACAAGAGCCGCGGCAAGAAGGGCAAAGAGGCCAAGCCCCGCGUGAAGAAGCUGAAGUACCACCAGUACAUCCCCCCGGACCAGAAGCAGGAGCCCAGCGAGGCGCCCAUGGACUCCUCCUACGCCCGUCUCCUGCAGCAACAGCAGCUCUUCCUGCAGCUGCAGAUCCUCAGCCAGCAGCAGCAGCAACACUACAACUACCAGGCCAUCCUGCCCGCCCCGCUCAAGCCGAUGGCUGAGGGGCAGAGCAGCCCUGCCAACAACACGCUGCCCACCUCCAUUGUGGUGUCGCUUCCUACAGCUGCCCCCGUGCGCCCCAACAACACGCUGACCAACCGCAAACCCGGGCCUCUGCCCGCCAACCUGGAGGAAAUGAAGGUGGCAGAGCUAAAGUUGGAGCUGAAACUACGAAGCCUUCCUGUGUCCGGGACCAAGACGGACCUCAUCGAGCGACUGAGGCCUUACCAGGAGGUCUCCAAUGGAACAGCGCCCCCUGCUGGCACCGCCCUGCCUUCUGUCGCCAUGGAGGUGGCGGCCUCCCCGACACUCCAGCAGCUCUCGAGCGUCCAGCAGGCGGCGCCGGAGAGCAUGAGCUCCACUCCCCCCGUGUCGCCCGUGCCCUCCGACCCCUCCAGCAUGGCCUCGGAGGAGGCGGGGCCGCCGGACGGCCCCCGGCUGGGCCCCGGGGCCUCGCCUCGCAAGCUGGUCCCUGAGGAGAAGGACCGGCGGCUCCACGAGAAGGAGCGGCAGAUCGAGGAGCUGAUGCGCAAGCUGGAGCAGGAGCAGCGGCUGGUUGAGGCGCUGAAGAUGCAGCUGGAGGUGGAGAAGAGGAGCCAGCAGGGAGGCGCGCCCCCCUCGCCCGCCGCCCCCACCCCCGUCAAGGAGGAGAGCAGGGUGUCCUCCAGCUGCUCGGCUGUCUGGGCCCUGCAGGGCCCGGUGAAGCAGGAGGAGGCCCAGGCCCACGCCCCGCUGGCCCCCACCGCCAACCUGCCCCAGUUCUUCAUCAGCCCCCAGCAGGUCCCCCAGACCCUGCUCACCACCCAGCCCGGCACCCAGAUACUGCUGCCCGUCUCCCUGCCCGGCAACUCCACCACCAUCCAGCUGCCCAGCGCUGCGGUCAGCCUGCAGAAGCAGCCAGCCCUCCAGACUGCAGUGUCUCCUCAGGCCCAGAGCCUGAUCCAGACCCCGGUUACCCAGCAGCCCCAGAAAGCAGAGACCCCCGCACCCCAGGAGUUCCCCACACAGAACCACCACAUGGCCAAGACCUUCACCGUGUGCACCACGCCCGGUUCCGGGUUCCAGUACAGUCCCGGACAGAACCAGGUGGGGGCCGAGAUCCCCCAGUGUUUCCUGAGCAGCUCUCCGGAAAGCAGGCCCCCUCCCCGGGCCUCACCCAUCCAUUCCAUUCCCAACGGGCCCAAGAACAAGCCCCCCUCCCCCUCACAGUCCACCUUCAUUAUCCCGCCCUCCACCUUCACUAGCCACGCCCCCAAGAGCAAAGACCCGCCCCGCUAUGAAGAGGCCGUCAAACAGACCCGCAGCCUGCAGACCCCCGCCCUCACACAGGUUCCCACAGCAACCAGCCAGCAGAUGGACGACCUGUUUGACAUACUAAUCGAGAGCGGAGAGAUCCCCCCCUUCAUACGGCAGGACACGCCGUCCUUGGCUAAGACUCUCCCCGUGACGGCUUGCAUCACCACCCUGCCCGUGAACACAGUGCUGUCGCGGCCCCCUCCCCAGGUGCAGGUGGGGCCCCCGCCCUCCCUGGCCCUGGACCCGGCCCCCAGCCUGGCCACCCUGGCCUCCGACAACCAGCUGGAGGCCUUCCUGGAGGGCACGCUGUCGGGCGGGGGUGAGCCGCGGACGCUGGGGCUAAUGGAGGAGCUUCAGAGCCAGCUCCUGGACCACCCCCACUCCCCCAUGGACACGUCGGAGCUGGGCUUCGUCCCCCCGCCGGCCCCCUCCACCUUCGACCUGCACGACGGCGCGCUGGACAACAUGGAGUGGCUGGACCUCACCAUGCCCGGCCCGGCCGGAACGCUCACCCCGCUGGGAAUCUCCACGGACUUCCUGGACGGACACGACCUGCAGCUGCACUGGGACUGAGGGUGCGGGAGCCAGGAGGGCGGGCGGUCUCUGGCACCAGGAGGCCCCCCGCGCUCUUACCCAUGAGCCCCUCCCCUGGCCGGGCCUGGGUGAGGGGCGGGCUGUAGACACGAAGCCCCCACCUGGGGGCGGGUUAUAAAGAGGAAGCCCCCAGUAAGGGGGCGGGCGGUAGACAGGAAGCUCCCUAGCGGCUGACCCAGGGGAGGAUAAGUGCAGGCCUGCAGUGGGACAAGGUCUGUCCCGUCCUGUCCUGAAGGUCCACUCCCCAGGGCUGUCCCAUCAAAGGGGGGCAUAUCCCCUCCCCGGAGGUCCCAGUGGAUGUGGAACAGGAGCGUGAGCAGGGCUGGGAACAGUACGUGGUGGAGCGUUGGGUUCCUGCUCCCGCCUUUCCCCCCCGAGGGGUCCUGGUCAGCCCUAAUCGUUCAGAUGGAUCUCUGCUCUUCACGGGGCCCGAGGCGGCGGCUGUACUUCUCCUCUGCGCUCUCCACCGGUGCCAAACAGAACUGGGCAGGCUAUCAAACAGAUGGGAUCUCUCCAUCUCCCCCAUCUCUUCAUUUCUGGCCCAGACCGAAUGCUACCGCCUCCUCUUAAGCCUUGGGACACCGGCCCCUCCCCACCCCUUUCUUUCCAGUCUACCAGUAACUGCUAACUGGGACAUACGGGACUGAUAUUAGCCGAAACAGGGUGUUUUUAAACACAACACUAACUGUCCUUAAGAGACUUGGUGCUGGUUACUGUAAUUGGCUUCACAACAGUGCAGCGCUCUGCCGAGUCUGCAGAGGUGUCGUUCAGCAGCUGUUCACAUCGCUCCGGCGGCUGUGUGAACCGUCGCUGGGCUGUGACAGGGUUGACGAGUGGCUGUUGUUUUUAGCUCCGCAAAAUGGCUUCCCUCUGAUUGCGGCAGGUUUGUUUCCGAACAUACCUCAAUCAACACAGCAGACAUUACGGCUCUGAGCUCGCUAGUUUACCUCCUGCCUUUUGUUAUUCAUUGGCAGGAAACUGGUCAAAGGGGAGCCGUUGCCAAUGCUUAGCGCUCCAGAAUAACAGCAGGGGAGGAUAGGUGGUGGCCGGGGGACUCGGACGUUGAAACGGUCGGCACAUAUUCUUUUCCUCGUCUCUUAUCUCGGCAGCAAAUUAUGUUCAUGCUGUUUUUUUUGUAUCCAUUCAAACUCCAGGAUUCUACAACAAGGGAAGGCAGGCGAUUUAUUCCACAACUUUACAAAAACAUUUUUGUGUCAACUGUGCCCUCAUUAUAUGUAACAAGGGAAUUUGUCCUUAUUUAGUUUUCUCACGCGAUGUGAAAGGCAGGGAGUGCACACCUGUCUCUAUUGUUGCAACGAGAGCUCCUGAGAUCAGUGCGGGGACUCACAUCUGCUUUAAGGGUCAGGAAACGCUCGCUUCAGCUGGUCAACAUAAGAAUCUUUUUUAACGGAGAGGCUUCUUUUAAUUGUAGUUCAUUCUUUUUAUCUACCAUCUGUCUUUUUUUUUCCGAAGAAUUGAAACCUCUGGCAUCUAUGCAGAGGCCUUUGUAAAUGUUGUGUAAAUUAUUAUGGAGGCAGUUCUUUUUAAUGGGGCUGUUUUUAACGUAGGAGUUGAACUGCUGUACAGUCAUGCUGGAGUUUAGCUGGAUUAAUGCCCAGCAGGGAUAUGAUAAGCAGUCGAAGGUCACAUAUUCAGUAAUGAUUGGCAUGCUGUGGUUAAUUGUGUGUGUGUCUGAGUGUGUCUGAGUGUGUCUGAGUGUGUGUUUGUGUGUGUGUGUGUGUGUGUAUGUGAGAGAGAGAGAGAGAGAGAGAGAGAGAGAGAGAGAAUGUGUCUGUAUGUCUGUUGAGCUCUAGUCUGUGUGUGUGUGAGUGAGUAUGUGUCUGUGUUUGUCUGUGUAUGUCUAGUGAGCACUUGUGUGUGUGUGUCUGUGUGUAUGUCUAGUGGGUGCUAGUGUAUGUGUGUGUGUGUGUGUGUGUGUGUGUGUAUGUCUGUGUGUGUGUGUGUGUGUGUGUGUGUGAGUGAGUGAGUAUGUGUCUGUGUAUAUCUAGUGAGCGCUAGUGUAUGUCUUCGUAGAGGGGAUGGGUAAACCAGAUAUCACUAUCAGUCUGGAUCUGAUUCCUUUACUGGAAUGGAUAUCAAAUAGGGCUACCAACAAGUGCAUGUAACUCAUAUAAGGCGUGUGUACCAUAUCUUCCUGUGUAUAUACAACUCUGCAAAGUUUUCCUUUCAAAACUUUACAUAUUAUCAAUGGAGCACAACGCACAACGAAUGAAUUGGGCACUAAAGAUCAUACUGCAAUACUUGCUGAAUGCUGGCACCUCUGUCAUUGAUAGCAGUCUCACUGGUGCCAUCCACAUUGGCUGCACACUAAACGCACAGAAUCCUGCUUCACCGUUGCACAUCAGUGACAGGGAGCCCCAGUCUGAGGCUGUAUCCCUGCUGAGCACUUCAUGCGGUCCGGUACCUUGUUCCAGACUGCCUUGCGUGCUGUCUGCUCAGCCACAUGUGGUUAUUCAGUCGUCAGGCACGUGCCUUUAGGGGAAUUUGGAAGUAUUUGGAUAGAUAUUGAUCGAAAUUUGAAUGAGUCAGCCUUCAGGUUACAGACGCUAGGCAGUUUUUCAGGUUUUGGUUUGGAACCAUAUACAAAGAGAGACAAAGAUCAAUUUGAGGUUCUUUAGGAAUUCCAGUUGGGUACUGCACUGCAGUGGUAUUCUCUGUUAAUGAGUGAUGACAUGUAUCACUUUGACAGAAUGCCUAGGAACAAUACUGUAUUGUGAAAUCUUCUAUGUCAGUCCGUAACUGUAGCCAAGAAAUUCCAAUUUGGGGGUUUCUGUCGCUUUUGGAGUUUUGCACUGGUAAUAUGAUGUCAUCAACCAAACAAAGGUUUCAUUAGUGAUUUACUUGAGAGCAUUCAUGUGGUCAUUCACGGUUCAAAACUUCCAUACUUUGGAAAGUAUGACGCUUUAAAUUGGAAGCAUGAAGUAUCUGCUGGUCAAAAUGUCUGUGAAUUGGACCCUUAUCUUGGGUUCACAUUUUUUUUCUUCCUGAAAAUCUUUGUGAUUCUGUUGGUAGUUUUUAGUGGGUUUUUCGGGGGGGGGGGGAAACUGAGCAGAAACUCAGUUUUAGAUAAUGAAGUUAAAAAAUUAGGAGUGGAUGCAAGUAUUGGGGACAGGGACAGCUAUCCAUCUGUACCUUUAAUGAUCAAAGGUCUCCAUGAAAGCUUUGGUGGUAUAUUGUUUAUCCCUCGUUGCUGUGACUUCAGCAAGGCCAAUGACUCGAACAUGGCUGGAGAGCAGCUGUCAUACAUGUCCAGUCAUAGAAAGGAAAGCUGCAAAACCACAGGCUUAUCCCACUUCUGUACCUGUGUGUGAGUAUAGGAGCCUCUGAGCUCCGGAUAUCACAAAACCGAUAUGCACACAACACUAAUGACCACUUCAUACUGACCUGCAAUAGCGGUGCCCACCACUGGCUGCUUAACUUCUUUCAACCAAAUGUAAUACAGAAGGAGACCAUGUAGUUGCUUGGUCAGGACUGUACAGACUUAGAGAGGUAUUGUAGAGAGGUAUCUCCAUCUAGUGGUUGCCUGUAGCACUUUGGAAUUCAGUGUUGAGCGUUUUUCUUUAUUACUGGCACACCUACACUUGCAUCUAAAUAGAACAUGGCUCUACAGUAACUCUGAAACCAGUUUUAAGAAGAGGAAAAACAGGUGUCUGCUUUUAUGCUUUAACUAAGACUAGGUAGUGCUUAACCGCUCAGCCACUUCUGUAGAUGGCUGUUUGUGCUGGGCUUGGUCAUGCCCUGCCACUGACUGCGGUUGUGCGCUCUCUGCACUUUGACCAGGUCACACCCUUCCCUCUCCUGUCUGCAGCCGGUUAGGGUGUGUGGGAACGAUGCCAAAUAGAUAGUAUUGUUAUAUCGGCAAGACGUCGCGUCACAAGAAACCAAAAUCACUUGCAUUUGUGCGGUGCUCAGUUAUAGCUCUCCUGCGCCUCUAGUGGCGAGGAUGUGUAUUUGUAGUAAUGGCGGUUUUGUGAAGAGAGGAAGGAGAAGGCUGCUCGUGGCCAUGAUGGAGCCGCGGUCCAGCCAAAGUGCCAGAGGUCCGUGGGCACGUGGGGUCUGGCCAUGUGGAAGAGCAGGGCACUGAGAGCAUCACUUCUGCAGUCAGUGCCCUGACAUGUUGCCAAAGAGGGCUGUAAACUACUGAAUGCCCUUUUAGUACUUUUACACAAGCAAUCAUUUUGUUUAAAAAAAACGACAUAUGUGUAAUGGGAUUUAUUGUUAUUUCACCGGGACAGUGAAGAUGUACAUAGUCUUUUUAAAUGUGUGAACCACUUGGCACUCUAAGUAAGCCAACAACAAAUGUGGGAAGAUAGUCUAAUGCAUCCUGUUUCUGCCACACCAUGUUGGAAACCCAAAAUGGCUGUUCUUGUACCAGACAGUGUCUCAUACCAUAGCCAUUUUAAGCAUUUUUUCUGGCUUUGGAGAAUGUAAGCACUUAAUGACAAAACGGUUUCUACUGCAGAUGUAAAUGUGGGUAUAAUUGGGCUCUGUCUCACUUCUUUUGCCUCUGCUCUGUUUGUUUCCAUUAAGAACCAUUCAUUUCUGUUCUGUAGAAAUUGUUGCUAUCCGGUCGUUCGCUGUGUUUUUAAGGGUCUACCACUGCUUUACUCAUUCAUCACAGAAACACACGGAUGGAAAGCAGAUUCCUCUUGGAAGAAACGAUGCAGGCUUGGGAACCCAAGGCAGCUCUUCUGCCUUCACACCCAACUCACCCCACCCCACCCUUUACAGAGACUGUCCCCUUCAUUGUUCGUAUGCCAUAUGUUUUGCACAUUGUGUACAUAUUUAUAUAGAUGUAAUGCAUAUUUUUAUACAUGUGUAGCGCAUCCAUGAGCUCUAUUUUGUAAAUAGUUGAAAUGGAUACACUGUAAGGUGUAUAUAUCUGCCUUUUGUGUUAAUAAAAUUGGUGAUGUACUGUG